AUGAAUGAGACUGACCGCCAGUGUCUCAAGAGCGUAUGGCCAACUGACCCUGAAAUUGAGAAGACGCGAAUCCAGCAAACGAAAGGAGGUCUCUUAGAAGAUGUAUAUCGCUGGGUCCUCGAAAAUCCGGACUUCAGACGAUGGAGAGAUGACCCGAAAACCCGACUUCUUUGGAUCCGAGGUGACCCUGGCAAGGGCAAGACAAUGCUAGUCUGUGGAAUUGUUGAUGAGCUGAAGAAGUCGAUCAGUGGUUCACAGCUUUUGUCGUUCUUCUUUUGUCAAGCCGCCGAUUCGCGUACUAACAGUGCCACGGCUGUUCUUCGCUGUCUUAUUCGUCAGCUUGUCGAUCAGCAGCCAUCACUUAUCUUGCAUAUACGAAAGCGGCAUGAUCUGUAUGAAGACCUGAAUUCUUGGUAUACUAUGUCUCAGAUCUUAACAGAUAUCCUGGAAGAUCAUGCUAUGCCGAGCACCUUCCUUAUGAUUGAUGGUCUUGAUCAGUGUCAGGCCGGUCUUCCAGAACUUCUCAAGAUAAUCAAUCAGAACUGGUCGUCAUACUCCCAUGUCAAAUGGCUCGUUUCCAGUCGCAACCGGCCUAGCAUCAAGGAACGGCUGGACACCGCGGAGCAAUUAUCCCUUGAGUUGAAUGCUGAAUCAGUGUCUUCUGCUGUCGGGCUAUAUAUAAAUUAUAAAGUCCGUGAAUUGGCAAAGCUGAAGAGAUAUAACUCUCAGACCCAAAAUGCUGUUCAGCAACACUUAUCUACAAACGCAAAUGGGACAUUCCUGUGGGUGGCAUCAGUCUGCCAAUAUUUGGAGAGCGUACAAUGGAACCCUCUUGCUAAGAUGAAAACAUUCCCUCCUGGGCUCGAUUCUCUGUACCAACGUAUGAUGCAGGAAAUCCGCGAAUCAGAAGAGGACAAGUUAUGUAGAGAGCUACUUGGAUUCAUGGCAGCUGCUUACCGGCCUCUCACACUCCAGGAACUGGCAUCUUUCAGUGAGAUUCUGGCGGACUGUUCCAACGAUGACGAGUCAUUAACAGAAGCUAUAAGCCUUUGUGGCUCCUUCUUGACGAUUCGUGGAAGGACUGUGUACUUCGUACACCAGUCCGCAAAAGACUUUCUCACUGAAAAGGCAUCUAACGAGGUCUUUCCUUCGGGAAUACAAUCAGCUCACCAUACUAUUUUAAGGUCUUUAUAUAAUAUGAGGGUGGCUCUGCGCCGUGAUAUUUAUUCUAUACACAGUCCGGAAUUUCCUAUCGACAAGGUGAAGCGCCCCGAACAAGAUCCACUGGGUCCUGUCCGGUACUCAUGCAUCUACUGGGUCGACCAUUUGCGUGAUGCAGGUCAUAUUGCAGCACGGGAGCAAGCCGAAAAUUAUGACAAGAUCUAUGAUUUCUUACGGGAAAAGUAUCUUUACUGGCUUGAGGCUCUUAGCCUUCUAAAUUGCAUGUCACAGGAGUUCGUUCAAUGUCAAGACUGGAGGAUUUAG